AUGGAAUGAUGCUGGGUUUUUCUCCAAGGACACUGACAGAGUUUUGUCCUGUGGUCUUGAGAUUUUAUACCAAAUUGGAUUUUAUAUCUAAACUGUUUCAGGGGACGUCACCUGAUAGGAGAUUUGGAAUGAUAUGGGGAACGUUUGCAUCAAAGGCAUUAUGUUCUGUUUCAUUCUAGGACAAUUAAAUGGUAUCAGGCUACCUUUCCCCUCCUGCACAUUAUUUAGCUUGAAAGAGACUAGGGAAUGUUUAUACAUUUCCAUCAGGGAGCAAAACAAUAGAGAGGAAUGGAUUUUUGAAAGUGUGAUGAAUACUGUGAAUUUAAAUGUUGAUUCCUGUUUGGCCUGGUCUGGAAAUACAUCCAAACUAGUUCACUUGGGAGCGGAAGGGGAAGAAGAAUGUAUAGGGCGGCAGCAUUGGCAUAUGAAGAGUUAACUUCAGAAGAGAUUCAGCUGCUGGCAGUGGGAGGAGGCGCUGGGCGCUACCGCAAGGUGAUCUGUGAAAUACUUCUUGCCAGAACAAGGAGCUGUAUUUAUUUUUCCCAGUUACAUAAAUAAAGCUUAACUUUUCAAGUUAGUCAGAUAUUUGUUGUCUCCAACCAUUCCGCCCCGCGACCGUCAGCUCCUGCCAAACUCUCUGCCUGUUCCCUGCCCCCUCUCUGCCUAUCUCCCGCCCCUUGUCUUCUGGGUGUGCCUGAUCGCAAAGUAACCUGCACAUUUUUUCCUAUCUGCCCUUCCCACGCGAACAAGACGGGCCGAUUGGCAGGCAUGAAAACAGCCACGGGUCCUGCUCAAGCAUGCAAAGUGCAUACCUCCCUACAGGACUCCCACACGGACGCACGCAUCUGUCUCCUCUCUCUCACACACCACACGCCCGGCGAGCCUGAAAGCCAUGGGCUGGCGUAGAGGAACUUGCUGAAGUGCUCUGCCUCCCCCCGGCCAGCCGGCCACCAAGCUGCUCUUAGAUGUCCGUCAGAGUGGGGGAGGGCUACAGAACAUUAAAGAAACCACUUUCCAUAUUAGACAAUUCCUCAUCUUUCCAGGAAGAUGAAGAGGUAGAUAUGGAGGCUGUCAACUGGCAGCUGAACAGCACCCCCAUGAAUGGGCACUCUCCAACCCCAACCACAGCUCGUUUCCCCAGCUGGGUGACAUUCGAUGACAAUGAAGUCAGCUCUGCUUCCCUCCAGAACCUUUCUCCCUUGAAACCAGACACCUUACCAAUAGCAGCGCAGACUGCAGAUGUGAACUGUAAUCUUGCUACAUCCUUGAAGAAGAGGGAGCGCCCCAGGAGCACAUUGUUGGACCUCACUAAAGUUCAAAAGCUAGAUCUUUCCUCCUUAAAUAGGCUGCCUUCUGUUGGAACACCCCCCUGGAGUGCUACUAAUCCCUUCCUGGAUGAGUCUCUGAGGGAUGUCCAACCCUCACCCAUCAACCCGUUCAGCUCAUUCUUAGAGGAACGAGAGAGGCAUUCCCACAGCUCCUCUCUCUCCAGCGCUCCAUGCCAAAGGCAAAGAGACUCCCUUAUUAUCCUCUACCAAGAACCUGACACCAUCAGCUUUGAUGAGUCAAGCAAAAACGUAACCCACACAGAUGCUGUUGAGCAGCUCAAGCAGCUCCGGAUUGGGGAUCCAGAUCACCUGAGCAGCCCAACUCUACCUGAUGAUGACCCCCUGAUGCCAUUUGAGGUGGAUGGCACAUUGUUGAACUUGGCCCCAUCUCAGCCCAAGGAUGGCUGGCCAAUGAUGCUCAGGAUACCAGAGAAAAAAAACAUCAUGUCAUCUAGGCAUUGGGGUCCAAUCUACGUCAAGCUGACUGCGAGUGGGUAUCUACAGCUUUUUUAUGAGAAAGGACUGGAGAAGCCCUUCAAGGAAUUCAAACUUGAGAUCAGUCAUGAGAUUUCAGAGCCCAAGCUCCAAAACUAUGAUGAGAAUGGAAGGAUACACAGCGUACGUAUAGACCGCACCAUCUACAAGGAGAAAAGGAAGUAUCAGCCUAAACCAGCAAUCAGCCACGCAGCAGAAAGGGAACAAGUGAUAAAGCUAGGCACUACUGAUUAUGAAGACUUCCUUAGUUUCAUCAGCGCAGUUCAGGAUAUACUAAUGGAAUUGCCAGCCUCAUCAACAGAUCUGAGCACGGUGGGAUUAAACUAUCAAGAGGAAGAAAUCACUGUUGAUGUCAAGGAUGAGUUUCAUGGCAUCUUGGCCAAAGGAGACAAUAGGAUUCUCCAGCAUAGUGUGCUGACACAUAUACAUGUUCUCAGCUUCCUUUCUGGCCUCGCAGAAUGCAGGCUGGGCCUUAAUGACAUCCUUAUAAAAGGGAAUGAAAUCGUUGCACGGCAGGAUAUUAUGCCCACCACUACCACUAAGUGGAUUAAGUUGUAUAACUGCCAGUUUCAUUCAUGUGUGGACGAGGAAAUGUUUAACAGCUCCCAUGUUAUCCAGUUUAAUCCCUUGGAUGCCUGCCGAUUUGAGCUGAUGCGGUUCAGGACUGUGUUUACUGAGAAGACUUUGCCUUUCACUCUGAGAACAGCAGCCACUGUCAAAGGUGCUGAAGUGGAGGUCCAGAGCUGGCUGAUGAUGUCCACUGGGUUCUCCUCCAACCGUGACCCUCUAACUCAGGUCCCCUGUGAAAACGUGAUGGUCCGCUACCCAGUGCCAAAUGAAUGGGUAAAAAACUUCCGCAGAGAAAGUGUCCUGGGAGAAAAGUCUUUGAAAGCCAAGGUGAACAAGGGUGCCAGUUUUGGGUCAACCAGCGUGUCUGGUUCUGAGCCAGUAAUGAGAGUAACUUUGGGAACUGCCAAAUAUGAGCAUGCCUUUAAUUCCAUUGUAUGGAGGAUAAACCGACUGCCUGACAAAAACUCAGCUUCCGGCCAUCCUCACUGCUUCUUUUGCCACCUGGAGCUUGGCUCUGACCGGGAAGUGCCUUCCAGUUUCGUCCGCUAUGUGGACGUGGAGUUUGACAUGCCCACCACUUCGGCGUCCAAAGCCACUGUUCGGUCCAUUUCUGUAGAGGACAAGAGUGAUGUCAGGAAAUGGGUCAACUAUUCAGCACACUAUAGUUACAAGGUGGAAAUAGAACAGAAAAAGAACUUGAAUCUUGAUCUGAAGGGAGCAGAAAUUGAAAAUCCCAAGGAUUGUGCCAUGCAGUGAAGGAAGACCCAUGGAGGAGCAGUAAUGUCAGUGGACCCAGCUGAAGAGAACUGCAACACCUAGCUUCUGCUGUAAGAAGUACAAAGCAGUACUUUUAAAAAAAAAAAUGCUCUUCAGUGUGACUGUGGCUUGAGUUACCUCGCUCACUAUUAUCUGUAUUUUGGCAGGAGGUUUGUUGACAGUUUGAUUAGAAGAGCUUAGGGAUUUGCUGGAACAUUUUAUAUUCAUCCAGUGUAUUGACAGAAAGACUUACACUACAUCCAAGCCUGCCUUCCUUUCUGCUUCUUCACGAUUUACCUUCCUGCACUGAAUUAUGUUAUGUCGACAACUGCAGCCAAAACAAAAAGCAACCCUGACCUCGCUUACAGUCUUCUCCUAUCAUUUGAAUGUUUUCUUGUAAACUAGUUGUUUGGUCAUCGGCAGAGCCUUCCUUGUGAUCUGCAGAAUAAAACCUUUUGGGAGCUAAGCAUUGCGGGAACUAAGGAGCAUCAAGGGGAAAAGUGGUGCAUGAAAAGGUCUUCCUUUUAUGAAAUAAUCAACAGAAUAAAAAUUUCCCUACAUCCAGAACAUAGUGAACACCAGGGAAAUAAACACAAAAUAAUAUAGCUGAUUAUCUAACUCUUCCCAGUCACCUUUUCUUAUCUCAUCCUCUAAAUCCGAACACUAAAGUAAUGCACAUUUUAAUAGGAUCUUGACUAGUCAUGAGAAAAAUUCAUUUGUUCUUAAGGUUUUCACUUGCUGGUCAGGUUUAUGGGGGGAGGGAUAGCUCAGUGGUUUGAGCAUUGGCCUGCUAAACCCAGGAUUGUGAGUUCAAUCCUUGAG